AUGGAAGAAGAUGCGCUGCCGAGUAUCCGCGUACGCUGCGCCGGCGUGCGCGGCAACCACGUCCGUUCCUCAGCUUCUGACAACGCGCACGUGUUCUAUAGCGACUCACAGUAUCGUCAGUCGCCUUUUCUCGUACGCGUGUCCUUGAACAGCGUGAGCUUCGUCCAUCGCGGGACGGACGUCGUGGAGCGGCGGUUUGUCUUUCCAGGGCGCGUCUUGGACGCAGUGCUGGCGGAUUUCUCUACACAAGCGCUACAUGGAUCAGCAAGGUAUACUAGCAGGUAUACAGGUGGUCCACGACCGCGGCGCUCGCCGCUACAGCUCCAAACACACCAUCACGUAUGUGUCUUGGUGCGUUGUGACUGUUUAAAUGUAUACACUGCAGCUGGAGAAGUGUUUGAAGUGGCGCUGCCGUUUCAAGCCAAUCGGAUCUUUCCAAUGGCAGGACGAGGACUCUUGUUGCAGCGCAGUCCAGCGAUGCAGGUUCCGGUGACGUCAUUGAAACGGCCUCGGGAUGCUGCAGCUGUGGCUCUGGCCAGGAGGAACCGACGAGCAAGCACAAGUAACAGAGGAGAUGGGAACAGGUGCAAGUACAGUGUCCCGGGAACGGGUGCCCCAGCACGACCGAGGUACUUUACGCUCCGACAUCCUCUUGAUGAGGUCCGACCAGUGGCGCUGAGCUUACGAAAGAGCAGGUUGAGUGGAACUGACGAGACAAGGUUUCUCUCAGACUCAUCGUUAGAAGCUGUCGAUGUGGUGGAGGUAGGAGCGUCAUCUGUGCUCGUGGCGUUUCAUCUCGUGGAACGGACGUUUCAUGUUUUUCGAAUGAAGGUAGUGGAGACAAAGGCAAAGGGUUACUGCAUGCCGAAUGUGAAGAUCGUUGACAUACCAACGUGGACGAAGUACCGUGGUAAGAGCGAUGUGGAGGAAUUGCGGGUGCGAAUUGAACCCGAGUGGGUCGCUGAACUGCUGUGGAAGUCUCCGCGAGUUAGACCGGCCAGUUUAAAGUCAACAUUACAGAUGCCGGUUGCUCCGCCACCACACGCCACUACUUCUCCUGUUUUACCAUCGCCGUCACUGAUGAGCGGAUCUUCGAUCUCACGACGAAAUAGUACCAAAAGAGCAUUUAUCGCGUCAGGUUGUGACGGUCUUCCGCUGCUGUGUAUCAUGGACAAACAGUCUGGCUCUUUAUUCUUGAAGCCUAUUUUACGGCAAGAGAGUCCUCAUGCAAAAGAUGCUCGUGCAACUAGUAACGUUCGUACCUUAUAUUGUCGUGACGCUGUCCCUAUCUCGCGCAAAGACGACUCAACUUCGCGUGGAACUGGAGAGGAUCUUGGAGAACAGAGGUAUGAAGGCUCAACCGAUAUCGUGGUACUGGAAAAAAGUGGAACCCUGAUGUUGUACAGAGAGCACCGUUCAAUUUGUCGCCUGAUUCUUCCCGACUUGACGCAAGAUGAUAUCGUGUUUGAUGCUGUACAUAAAGAUGGCUCGAAAAGAAUGCGACUGACAGGCGUUGUUCAGUUGCUCUCGAUCGACGAAGGAAGUGCUUAUGAGAUUGCGCUCCCGAAUAUGUGCAGUAGCAUGAGUGGGAAUAUAUCGCGAUACGAGCAUCCACUGAAGAUUGUAGGCUCCCCGCUGCUGCAGCAAGUUUUUGAUGUGUUGGAUCGCAUAGUUCCCCCUACGACAUUGUCCGCGUUUAGAGCUCAAAUGGUCUACAUAGCACAGCUGAAAGCUGAGAACGCUUUAGCAGAUAGUGAUCUCGUGGGUGGUGGGCUCGAGUGGCAGUCGUUCCGUGAGUGCAUAAUCAGUCUGCUGCCGAAACAAGCGUGCACUGAUAAUACGGGUUUGUUACCAGUCGCAGCAGGAUUGGCCUGCGAUGACGAAGAGACGGCCACUUCUUCGCCCUCGUCAGCUUUUCAUGCGCUUUGCCAGAGUAAGUUUCAUGACAUGUACCAGUAUGAACAUGCAAUGCUUUUUGCCACCAUGGAACUACCAGUUACAAAAUGCUUGGCGAGGGAUGUUCAGAAGAGCACGAACGACAUCACCGUAGUAGCUUGUAACCGGGAAUGCUCAAAAAUGAGAGACUAUAUGACGGCCGUAUUUGCAGGACUCCACUUGCUUUGCGAAGAGCUCAAGCUGUCAACUGCUCUUGCUCGUCAGCGGCUAUAUCUGGUCGAUCUGUUAUCAGAUAUGGGAUUGCAGCUGGGUUCGGAUCAUUUUGUCGCCUACUACAAAGAUGACAACUGCAUUUCGACAAAGCGCCAAGUAAGCUCGACAGCGUUGAAACCACAGCACGAGCUGCAUGCAGAGAGUUUGCUUGUUUUCAGCACGUACGGGUGCGUGCCGGAUUUGAUGCUGUGGCUUCAAAACAAAAUGAUGGCAAAAGCACAAGACGCAAUGGAAUUUCCUGCGCUACUUGAUGAUUCAGACCACCAGCAGCUUAUCAGUGAUUGCUCAUUUCGACGUCGCAUAAGUCCUCUAUGGCGCACACGAGCAAUCUGUCGCGCAUUCGAGCUCAUGUUCCCAAAGUCAAAAGACACAGCUCACCAGCUACCCACCGCGCAGUCGAAUGCACUUGAAUUGAUCAUUUACCUCGCUCAAGACCCCGUGGGUAGUAUGCUGUCGCUGGAUGAUCUCCCAGUUGGUUUGAGUUUUCCUAUCGUUCAGUUCAUUUGUCAGGUAAAGCACAACCCACCGCCUUUUAUUACUGAAGAUGUUUGUACGUUCGUGGGAAGGGAAGACCUCAGUAUUGCAAGCGCAGAAAGCCUGGCCGAUCCUUUCAAUUACUCCGGCAUUCGCCGGAACCAAAAACAGCAUGAUCCCGCAAGCGGCUCAUCCGAUUCCAGUAUUUUAUCAGAGGACGAGAUCCGCGAUGAUUGUGACGGUCUGGAACGCGUCAUAAGUCGAAGUCAACCGCUCUUUCCUGCCGAUCAGAGGAUGAAGGAAGUUACGCGGCUUCUUCGCUCGUGUCGCCCGAUCUGCUUAAAAUUAGACAAGACGCCAGAUUUAUCGGAUCAGGACUAUGCACAGCAGCAGCAAAAUCGAUUGUUGCUUCUUUGCAAACGGUCGAUGGCGCUACCUGUCGCCCGCGGUAUGGUCACGCUCGGUAGCUUUGACGUUACUACUGCUCAAACACAAAUGUGGCGACUCCAUAUUCCUGCGUUGCCUCUGGCAGGUCGCAAACCACCUGCAAAUGCUAUUGUUGAGCUCGAUCGUUCCGGGUAUGCCACAGAGUUGACGUAUUGGCCCCAAUUCCACAACGGGUGCGCCACAGGUCUUCGGCUUCCAGCACACGAUCUCUCAGGGGCAAUCGAUCGCCACUGGGUCAAGUAUCAUCGGCCUUCAGUAGGUGAGCCACCGCAACCAAACUCUACUUCGAACCGGCAGACAGCAGCAGCAGCAGAAUCAGAUGAAACUGCUGCUCGCAAAAUGGAAGAAGCGUAUGCAGCCCAUGCGGGGUUGUUGAUGGGAAUAGGUCUACGCGGCCAUCUCAAAUGUUUGUCAAUGGCGGAUGUAUACAACUACUUGUCGCUGUCAAAUGAAUUUGUGACUGUUGGGAUCAUGCUGGGUAUGGCAAGCACAGCUGCACAUUGCCGUCGCAAGCGCAAGCAGCAUGCCUUGACAACGCACAUUACCGUCCAAGACGCUGACAAUCAGCUUUUGCCGUCAGCAAACGAAGACACUGAAGUACUAUCGCUGGAGAUGGAUAGCUUCUUCCCAGGUGUUCCUGAACUCGCAUCGUCGGAGAAAUCCCCUCUUCGUGGAAUGGGGUUUGCGUUAUCGUUGGAGAGGUCGGUAUCCAAAAUGCUGUGUCUUCACUUGCCGUCAUUGCUACCACCGCCAUCUGGGGGCUUUUCAGUGCCUGCGUCUACUCAGACGGCAGCAUUACUCGGACUAGGUAUUUUGUACCAAGGAACAGGGUAUCGAUUGAUGACUGAGCUGUUGCUCACUGAAAUAGCACGCUCUCCAUCAAGCUCCCAAUGUGUGGGAGGUGACGGUAAUGCGGAACUAUCGAUGGCUUUGUUCGAUCAACUAGAGGGUUAUGCACUAGCAGCAGGAAUGGCGCUUGGUCUUGUCACACUUGGGCGUGGUCAGACUACUACAGGAGAUCCUGGACUGGCCGACUUGAAGCUCGAAGAAAAGCUUCACAAGUACAUUGUCGGAGGAGCGGUACAUUAUCGGGACCUGAAUGCGGCUGGAAGUUGUCUUUAUCGUGGUCGUUGCUGGCAAGCGUUUGGCGGUGGAGGCAGUGGUGUUGGGUCUGCUGUUAAUGGCAAUGCUGCUAGUAAUGGCUCGCCUAAUGUCAGCACAGAAGCCUUUCCUGGUGCUGGUCGUGAUACAAAACACUCUCAUGACCGGAGCGGAACUCGUGGUGGCGGCGAACAUGUAAAUGUUGGGGUGACUGGUUGCGCAAGCGCUUUAGCACUAGCAUUUAUGUACAUGCAGACUGACAACAAGACUGUGGCUGCACAAUUGGCGGUUCCUGACACUCUUAUCCUCCUGGAAUAUGUUCGUCCAGAUAUCUUGUUGGUUCGUACACUUGCAAAAAAUUUAGUGAUGUGGAGUAACAUAUUUCCAACGGUGCAAUGGAUAGAACAAUGUGAAGUCCCUGCACAGCUUUAUGAAGCGUACCAGUCGAUCCUGAAUGCAAGAGUGGAUGUGGAUCGAUUGAAGCAUUCAAGUGGAUCGCCACCACAUUUUGAUCUCCACUCAAUCUGUGAGGCCUAUGCAAACAUUGUUACGGGGGCGUGCAUGAGUAUUGGGUUACGAUUUGCUGGAACAAGUAACACAUCAGCUCGCGAUACACUUGGCAAGUACGUUCUACACUUUCGUGAACUAAGAUCGAACAUGUCUUCGUCAUUAGUCCUUGUGCGUGGAAGUAGCAAUGCUGUUGCUGCUGCAACAGAACGGGCGACGGUUGAGCGGUGCUUGGCCGUAUGUGCACAGGCACUCGCGUUGAUUGACGCGGGAACGGGCCACGUGGAAACACUCACGCUGCUGCGCUCACUUACGUUGCGGCAACGCGUAGACGUGGCAAUAAGCUAUGGUAACCACAUGGCUUUGAGUAUGGCGAUCGGAUUGCUCUUUCUAGGUGGUGGACGGGCAACCGUUUCUCGAUCGAAGGAGGCGAUUGCAGCACUCGUGAUCUCGCUGUAUCCGAUACCUCCAAUGAACACGGCUGACAACAAGUACCAUCUGCAGGCUUUCCGUCAUCUCUAUGUGCUAGCUGUUGACACUUCGCGGUUUAUCGAAACGUUGGACGUAAACACAAAGACGACCUCCGCGGUUCAAGUUCAGGUCGAUCUUCUUCCAAGCUCGUUCGACGAGACUCAAUCGUUAUGUCGAGAGCUACGAAGUCCAUGCCUUCUCCCGGAUAUCACGACCAUGAAACGCCUCGUCAUCUCGGAUCCUGAAUUCUAUCCGAUCGAAAUCAUCGUGUCGCCAUCAUCCGACCAGCACAUGCCUUCUGGAGCGAACGCGGUGACAACAGCAAAUGCACUACGUUUGGAUCUCUUACGAAAGAAGAACGUGGUGUUCCUCAAACGCCGGCAACGGAAAGACAAUGAUCACUCGGCGAAUUUUACGGAUGUGGACGCGUGGAAUUACAAUGGCGGUAGCACCAGCGAUGAUCGACUGCAGGCACUUUUUCGCUCGUACUUUGACACGAGUCUUGUCAGCGACGAGGAUGAUUGUGGGGUGAGAGAAAACGAUAACGGUCAGCUUGGUGUGGCAGAUUGGGGCAGCAGUUGGUGGUCAUCUCAAUUGAGCCCGCGAUCGCUGGAAAAGGUGUUGGAGGAGGCGCCGUUAUUGAUGCCUUCAUAUCUGAAUGCGUUGCAUGCGCUUUUUCGACUGCAACAAGUACCACAAUUGUCAUGUGCCACCGAGGUUGUACACUUGAGCAUGUUCAGUGAGUACUGUCGUUUGGCCAUGUUUGUACAGGCAAAACAUGGUGAAGACAAUUCCGAAAAAAUGCACGGGUCAGAAACUAUGGCCAAGAUGGCCUCAUUUCCCGAGUUUGGCGUGUGGCUGUCACACCAGACGGAAGAAGCUUUGGGAGCGCUCUGGCGUCGAACCUCGUUGAGUAUUACUUCAAUGACUUCGGCGCGGGUUCAGCUGCUGAAUGAACCCUCGUCGUCGAUAUCAUUCACAAUGCGGGAUCAGUCGGAAACGGAUACGUUUCUGCUAAGUGUGCUACUUCGAUACUUUGCUGGUCUUUCGAUGUCGUCGUUGCCGACCAACAAGCAGCCGCGAUCUACUACAGUCAAAGAUUGGAAAGUCAAGUUUCAACAAGUGCUGUCUGCAUGCUCGCGAGUCGCCCCUUCAUCAAUAGGCAUGACAUCGCCGGCACGAUUCCAGUUGUCGGUAUUUCUGGAACAUGAAGAGCUCACAACCGCUGAAAAGACGUUUUGGCUGAAGCUGGUGUCGUUUUUCCUGUUUUCGAUCAGCAACCGGUGA